UCUAAACGAUCUUUUAUUAAAAAUGAAGUCAUUUCAAACUUACUAUCUACUUACUAUACUCUUCCUGUCAUUAACAGGGACAUCAAUUGCAGCCCCAAAGUAUGCCAAGACAGGGUGCAAAGACAUGUGCGGGAACGUGAGGAUUCCAUACCCUUUUGGAAUCGGUGCAAGUUGUUCCAUUAAUAAAUGGUACUCAAUUGAUUGCAACUCAUCGACGCCAUAUCUAUCUGCACUCAACCACCUUCAAGUCGUUGGUGUUGACUUGGGAAAUCAAACUGUCACUGUUGCUACGCCAACAACGAUAUUCUCUGAUUGCCAAAAUCCAGUUCUGAAUAUCAGUCAGAACAACAGCAUCAAUCUUGAUGGAAGCCCAUUUCUCUAUUCUAGAUCACACAAUAAAUUUAUUGUUGAGGGUUGCGGUAAUGCUGUAAUUUCGGAUCAUGGGAGCGCACUCAGCGGGUGUUCCACAAGUUGUUUAAAUGGCAGUAUCAUUAGUGACAAAAGCAACUGCCUUGGAGUCAGUUGUUGUCAAACGACAAUUCCAUAUUAUCUGAAGUCGUACGAUAUGAAUCUAACGUUGUUAGAUGGAAAGGGCGGUGUUGGAAGUUGUGGGUUUGCCUUCUUGGUGGAUAAGAAUUCAUAUGAUCAAAGAAGGUUUUCUGGCCCAUUAUUUGUCAGGAAUAACUCUUUUAUUCCGGUAUCGCUUCUGUGGACUCUGUCAGACAUCGACUACGAUCAAGUAAGUUGUUGUGGUUUCAAAGUGAGAAUCAAAGCUGACAUGUGUAACGGUACUGUAUUGAAUACUUGGAAAUGUUCCUCUAGUCGGCCUGUCGAAGGAAACAAUUAUUUAGAACAUGGAUGUGUUGAGACGGAAGAGUGUACAAGGUGCAAGGAUAGCCGAGGUUACUGUACCUAUGGCGAAAUUUAUGACAUUGAUGGGUUGCUUAGAGAAUGGAACUUCACUUGUGAUCCAAUUUAUGAUUAUAAUUCCAAUUCCAAUUCCAAUUUAGAAUGGGUUGGGUAUUCAAUAUUUAUAGGUGUUUUCCUAACCUCGGGAUCAGGUUUUAUAGCUAUCAUCUAUGUAUCAUACAGACUAAUCAAGAAAAGAAUAACCAGAAGACGGAGAAAGAGUGUUUUUAAACGUAUUAAUGGUCGUUUACUUUUGAAGCAACAAGAAGAGGUUGACCCGUCUUUAGUUGAUAAAACCAUACUUUUCACAUCACGUCAGUUGGAGAGGGCUACAGAUCACUUUAACGAGAAUAGAAUUCUUGGCCGAGGAGGUCAAGGUACAGUCUACAAAGGUAUGUUAGUUGAUGGCAGAAUUGUGGCAGUCAAGAAAUCAAAGGUGCUUGAUGAAAGCCAAUUAGAGCAGUUCAUCAAUGAAGUGGUGAUUCUCUCACAAGUCAAUCAUAGAAACGUGGUCAAACUACUAGGAUGCUGCUUAGAGACAGAGGUUCCUCUGCUAGUUUCUGAGUUCAUUUCAAAUGGGACCUUGUAUGACCGUCUUCAUAAUAAUAUCGAUGAGUUCCCAUUUUCAUUAAAUAUGAGAUUACAGAUAGCUACGGAGGUUGCAGGAGCACUUGCUUACUUACAUUCAGCAACGUUAAUUCCAAUAUUUCAUAGGGACAUCAAAACCACUAACAUACUUUUGGAUGAUAAGUACAGAGCCAAAGUCUCUGACUUUGGAACUUCAAGGUUGGUUUCAAUGGAUCAGACUCACUUGACCACCUUGGUAAAAGGUACGUUUGGCUACCUAGAUCCUGAAUAUUUCCAAUCUAGCCAAUUUACGGAGAAGAGUGACGUUUAUAGUUUUGGAGUUGUUUUGGUUGAACUCGUAACCGGAGAAAAGCCAAUUUUACUAAGUAGAUCGGGAGAACACAGGAGUCUGGCUACACACUUUACGAUUGCUAUGGAAGAAGGGCGUGUUAUGUCUAUUUUUGAUGCAAAGAUGAUUACAGAGACUACAAGGGAUGAGCUUCUUUUAAUAGCAAACCUUGCAAUGCGAUGCUUGAAUCUGAAUGGAAAGAAUAGACCAACAAUGAAAGAAGUUGCUCUAGAGUUGGAUACUAUACGAAGCUCACACAUUCCGUCAACGGUUCGAACCAAUAUCAUACCCACGAUAUAUGGGGAGGAAUUAUCUGUGCAGCCAUACGGUGAAUCAACAUCAAUAUUCUUGAGUUUUGAUAGCAUUAGUCAUAUAGGUAGAUAGUAUUUAAUUGGACUUUAUAUAAUCAUAAAUCAUUAUAAUUAUCGAA